AAACCAGCGUGCUGCCUAACCAAUCACAGAUGGUCAUUCUAGUGCUGUGCCGAUCAAAUCCGGUUAGCUUGACCGUAAGCAUAACGUUAUGGUCUCCGCAUCCCCUUAUAUCGCAUCACUUUGGUCUACUCCAACCUCCUCGUACACAUUACAUGUAUUGUUAAGCUCUGUUAACAUAACGAUAUGCCUGCAGAUCGCGUUCAAAAGAGACGUAGCGCCGGAGACGUGCCUGAUCUAGGCAACCCAGACAGGAAGAGGGUGCUCAAUGUGCUCGCACAGCGUCGAUACCGUCAACGACGCAAGGAGAAGAUAGCUUCGUUGGAAGCGCAAGCUAAAGAUCUCCAAAGUCUCGCUGAUCAUCGUUCAACGAGCAGCGAGGAUGCAUCACCGCCAACUGGACCGACCCUUGACAAGCCAGACCAGACCGGAGAACUCACUGUUAUGCCAUAUGAAGACGCGAUUCCAGACUUUGGCAUCCAAGGAGAUCUCUUCGACACAAACCUGGUGGAGUAUCUCAAUCCUUCUCUAGAUUUACCAACACCAUUACCAUCAACCCCAGAAUUCCUAGAUCUACAGUACAGUUCGUCUUCGUCCGAGUUUACCUUCCCCCUCACUGGCGACGCAGACUUACUGGCGAUGCCUGUCAUGAAUAUGCUCCAGGCACUUCUGUCAAUUGCAACUGCGUUGAAUGUGAGUGACAAGAUAUGGGACCCCUCCUACACGCACGUUAUGCCGGUAUCUGCAUCUUACCCCGCCUUUUUACCACCAAAUCUGCACCCUACCUCUGUACAGUUCACCAUCCCACAUCAUCCAACUCUUGAUCUGCUGCCCUGGCCGAGCAUGCGCGAGAAAUUGAUCCUAAUGCUAGCGAUGCCGAAUAAGUUGCGGCCGCCCAUCGCACAGGAAGAUGAUGGUCCUGGAUCAGAUACAGCAGAAAAAUGGUCGUGGUCGUCAUGCAAGCAGGGUGCAACACCAGCUGGCCAAUGCAAAGCCAUUGUUCAGCUUGUUCAAGACAUCGACGACUUGGAAGACGGCGGGGGUUUCAUAAUACACGGAAACUCGGUAGCUUUGGGACAAGGCAACGAGUAUGUCGAGGAGGCAUGGGAAGUAGGAGAAUCGUUUUACAGGAAGUGGUGGUUCUGCCUGGACAAAAAGAUCGUCGACCAGUCGAACAAGCGAAGGUUAGAGCGAGGUUUGAGGAGACUGAGGUUGACUGCUUGAUCAGAAUGCUCAAGACACGUUGUGCACGGGCACUUACCUUCCGAGCAGAUCAUUACUUAGGUAGUGCAAUCAAUUUCGAGGUGAACUUUA